AAAUGAUGCUUCUAGCCUUGAUCGUUUUGAUAGUAAGCGGUAGCGUCCUCGCUAAGCCGUUUGACGUCACCAAAGAAGAGGCUCCAGUUAGAAACAAGCGAGACACAUGUGGUGGUCGAGUGAGCAAUUUAAGUAAUGUUCGUGUUAAGUACCCUCCUAAUGCGAGCACAUAUGGCAACAACGUCGACUGUUCAUGGAGCAUCUGUAUGGACAACGCAGACUCCAUUACCGUCAACGUGAAGACCAUGGACAUCGAAGCACAUUCGUCCUGCGAUUAUGAUUACCUUACCAUUGAUGGUCAAAAAGAUUGUGGUAGAGCAACGAAUAAACUUAUAACAGUGUCGGGAAGAUGUACUACUAUAACUUUCCAUAGUGACAGCAGUGUGGGACGAACUGGAUUCGAUAUCGAGGUCAGACGAGUUGAACCACCAACUACUACAACGAGCUACAACGACUACGUAACCACACUUGGUUACAACAACAACUAUGGUACAACGCUAGGUUAUUACAACAACUACGAUACUACUCGAAAUUACAACAACUACGACUAUACAACGCCGUACUACUACUGGAGAACAUCUCCGUCCUAUUACAAUAACUACGAUACUCCACCCGAAAUUACAACAACUACGACUACACAACGCCGUACUACUACUGGAGAACAUCUCCAUCCUAUAACAAUAACUACGGUACGACUCGAGACUACUAUAACAGAUACUCCACCCGAAAUUACCACAACUACGGCUACACAACGCCGUACUACUACUGGAGAACGUCUCCAUCCUAUAACAAUAACUACAGUACGACUCGAGACUACUAUAACAAUUACGGUACCACCCGAAAUUACAACAACUACGACUACACAACGCCGUACUACUAUUGGAGAACAUCUCCGUCCUAUUACAAUAACUACGGUACGACUCCAGACUAUAACAACAACUACGGUACCACCCGAAAUUACAACAACUACGACUACACAACGCCGUACUACUACUGGAGAACAUCUCCAUCCUAUAACAAUAACUACGGUACGACUCGAGACUACUAUAACAACUACGGUACCACCCGAAAUUACAACAACUACGACUACACAACGCCGUACUACUACUGGAGAACAUCUCCAUCCUAUAACAAUAACUACGGUACGACUCGAGACUACUACAACAACUACGGUACCACCCGAAAUUACAACAACUACGACUACACAACGCCGUACUACUACUGGAGAACAUCUCCAUCCUAUAACAAUAACUACGGUACGACUCGAGACUACUAUAACAACUACGUGUACCACCCGAAAUUACAACAACUACGACUACACAACGCCGUACUACUACUGGAGAACAUCUCCAUCCUAUAACAAUAACUACGGUACGACUCGAGACUACUACAACAACUACGGUACCACCCGAAAUUACAACAACUACGACUACACAACGCCGUAUUACUACAGGAGAACGUCUCCAUCCUAUAACAAUAACUACGGUACGACUCGAGACUACUACAACAACUACGGUGUGACUCAAGACUAUUGGUCGACACCUUCUAGUAGCGGCAGCCUACUUGGACGACUCGUCAACAUCAAAGAUGAUGUACAGAGUGCCGAAUAUGAUUUAAAUAAUGCCGUGGGUUCCAUUGACAAUAUCAUCGACGACGUCAUAUAUACGGUCUAAGGUCAAGGUCAUAUUCCAAUAACCUAUGAUGAUAUGAUAUAUAACUUUAUGCAAUAAAUGAAAAUAAUAUCACAUGGAG